UUUUUACUCUUUUAAGAGGGAACAAAAGAUAAAGAGCAAAAUAUCGCACAAAACCAAAAUCAGAUGGCAUGAGACACGUCAAAGUUCAAAUGUAAAAGCAUCAUCCACUGCAAUCUGCAUUCCCAGUUGAGAACGAAACCCAAGUCACCUCCUUUCCCUACCUAUUAAAUUUGACAGCGAUCCAUAACCAAUCCACCAUAUUUUUCCUCUCCCCAAAACCCUAUUUAAUGUCCACAUUUGCUGCAUAAUCGCACACCCGAUUUCGAUAGAAUAAUGAUAAAGAGUACCGUUGAUGACAACGGCCACGCCCAAAUUCCUGAUCAACAACAUCACUGCCACUGUUGCCAUUUUCUUCAUCAACAAAAGCCCAUACCAAAGUGCUUACCGAAACGCAUAAUCUUGGUUCGUCACGGCGAAAGCGAAGGUAAUAAAGACGACGCUAUGUACACCGUAACCCCUGAUUAUAGGAUCCCAUUAACUCCUAAAGGAAUUGGUCAAGCUAAAGAAGCUGGGUCCCGAAUUUUCAAUGUUGUUUCUGAUAAUGGCACGUCGGAUAAUUGGAAGGUUUAUUUCUAUGUGUCUCCGUAUGUGAGGACACGUUCUACGUUAAGGGAGAUUGGUAGGGCGUUUUCGAGAAGGAGAGUGCUUGGUGUGAGGGAAGAAUGUAGAAUUAGAGAACAGGAUUUUGGGAAUUUUCAAGUGGCGGAGAGGAUGAAAGUGAUUAAGGAGACGAGAGAGAGAUUUGGACGAUUCUUUUAUCGAUUUCCUGAGGGAGAAUCUGCUGCUGAUGUUUAUGAUAGAGUUUCCAGUAAGAUCCUUUUCUCUCCUUUCUAUGUAGUUGGGGGUCAUUUGGUAGCUGAUUAGAGUUAUGCACAGUAAUUAGUUAUAAGGAAAUCAAUAUAC